AUGGGAGACGAUGACAAUUCUCAAAGACGUGAUAAAGGUCUUGAGAUGAAGAAGGACAUACGAUGUCCGAUGCUAUCAUCAACCAACUACACUGUAUGGUCGAUGCAAAUGAAAGUGAUGCUUCAUUUAUACGAUGUUUGGGAUACGAUUGAUCCAGGGAGCGAUGAUGCAAAGAAGAACAAUAUGGCGAUUUCUCUAGUCUUUCAAUCAGUUCCGGAAGCGCUAAUACUUCAGAUAGGAGAACAUGAUACAUCGAAGAAGAUUUGGGAAGCUAUCAAAUCCCGUAACCUAGGUACUGAUCGCGUGAGAGAAGCGAGGUUACAGACUUUGAUGUCUGAAUUCGACAAACUGAAGAUGUCAGACACAUACACGGUGGAUGACUACGCAGGAAAAAUUUCAGGCUUAGCAUCGAGAGCAGCCGCGUUAGGAGAGAUAAUGGAAGCAUCGAAGAUCGUAAAGAAGUUUUUCAAGGGACUCCCAAGAACGAAGUUCAUUCACACCGUAGCUUCGUUAGAACAAGUGUUGGAUCUAAAUUCAACGGGGUUCAGAGAUAUUGUUGGGAGAUUGAAAGCUUUCGAAGAACGCAUAAAAGGAAGGAAACCAAAAAGCGAUUGA